AGCAAAGCCAACGAGAAUUCACAUAGAAUCGCUUGUUAAAUCUACCUGAGUCGUGCUCUUGUUUGCGCUCUUUGUGCGUGCGCGCUCCCGCUGAAGUUUCUGUCCAAACAGGUUUGCCCAGCGGACACACCUGCGUCAGGAGCUUAAAGGAAGCGCUGUUGAGCGCCUUCUUCAUUCUGUGUGUGACCUCUGCGGAAGGCGGACGGAGACUUUGAGAAGAACUUUUAUUUGUUUGUUUGCGAGGAAAAAAACACUAUGAGAGGAUUUAUCCUUAUAUCGCUGGCUCUCUUUGCAGCUGUGGCGACUGUUGACUCCUGUGGAGUCUGUGAAACAAUGAAAUGGGCCACCUGUGAGGGUACUUCAGCUAGCUGUGAAUGUAAACUUCAACUUGAUACAACCGUCAAGCAAUCAAUCAACUGUAAAAAACUGGUUCCAAAGUGCUUUUUAAUGAAGGCUGAGAUGCAAAGAGCCAGGGCGGGCCUCUCUGUCAGGAGCAUAGCUGGGAAACCAGUCGAGACUGCCUUUGUGGACAAUGAUGGGAUCUACGACCCAGAAUGCGAGAAUGACGGCAAAUUCAAGGCCAAGCAAUGCAACGGCACGGAGGAGUGCUGGUGCGUCAACAGUGUUGGUGUCCGCAGAACCGACAUAGGAGACAAAAACAUCGAGUGUCCUAAGCUGGUGGAGACCUACUGGAUUCGUGUUCAGCUCAAGCACAAGGAAAUUAAGACUACACUGAAUGAGGCUAAGUUGAAAGAGACCAUGGGUAAUUAUAUUUCUACACGUUAUCAAUUUGACAAGAAGUUGAUUGAUACCAUUCAGUAUGACCCUGAUGGUCGCUUCAUUGUGAUGGAUGUAAAGAAGGAAAAGGGGGAACGCAACACUGACCUUGGCAACAUGGCCUACUACCUGGAAAAAGAUUUCAAGGUCCUCCCCCUGUUCUUUGAUGAAACCCUGGUCAGUCCCCAAGUAGACGGCCAAAAAUUGGAGAUGGAAAAAGUCGUGGUCUACUAUGUGGAUGAGGAGGCUCCGACUUUCACCAUGAAGAACCUCUCUGGAGGAAUCAUUGCAGUCAUUGUUGUGGUGGUGCUGUUAGUGGUCCUCGGACUAGUGGCUCUGUUCGUGCUUAACAGACGCAAAUUAAACUCCAAGAAUCGGGGAAGGAAUGACAACCUGUAAUGCAACAAGGAGUCUAUGAAGAACCUGCUUGGCCUUGAGAGGGAGUCUGCCUUUUAUUUUUUGUUUUUAGGCUUUAUUCAAGAAAUGGAGAUUGCUUCCAGAAACCCCUUUCUUCUGGUUGCUUGUUUAUUUAUAUCACGUGGAAACUCUCGGUACAAUUAUCCAUUAAUGACUUUUUUUUUA